CAUUCAAUGCGGAGUGCCGGAGCAGGAGAGCGGCCAGUGUUUGGAUCAUUCACCGGCAGAGGAGAGCCACGCUGACUGGAACAUGUCGGGGGACAAGGCGACGAAUCCGUGCAGCAAGUUUCAAGCCAACAUUUUUAAUAAAAGUAAAUGCCAGAACUGCUUCAAGUCCCGGGAGCUGCAUCUGUUGAACGACCAUGACAUGGAGCAGGCAAAACCCAUCUAUGGAGGCUGGCUGUGUUUGGCUCCUGAGGGGACAGAUUUCGACAACCCGAUGCAGAGGUCAAGGAAAUGGCAGCGUCGCUUCUUUAUCCUGUACGAACACGGCAGCCUGAGCUUUGCCCUGGAUGAACUGCCGAGCACUUUGCCACAGGGGACGGUGAACCUGAAUCUGUGCACCGACAUCACGGAUGCAGAGCCCAGGACGGGCCAGAGAAACGCUCUCUGCAUCAUCACGCCGGAGCAGGAAAUAUUCAUCCGUGGUGACAAUAAAGAGAUCAUUAAUGGGUGGAGUGAACAGCUCGCCGUCUAUCUACGGACAAACAAGCAGAAUCAGAAGAAAAAACGCAAAGUGGAACCUGUUGCCACGCAGGAGCCGAGUCCAGCAAAGAUGGCUGCAACUGAUCCAAGUUUUCCGUCCUCUGAGAAUGCUGCAGAGUCCGGCUGCGGUCGGUGGCAGGAAGACCAGCAGGGCAGGGGACCAGGUGUAACCCCCGUGUGGACUGUCACAGACACAGAUCCCCCCGGCCCGGGGCGGACCCCUGCAGGCAACACGUCCACCUACCUGUGCCCGGUCUCCAGGGACUCUCUGGCCUUGGAUGGCAGUAGCGGUUUCAUGAGUCCAGUUGGCUCCUUGGACUUGGUGACCAGUGGAAACACUGACCCUGGCAGCAACAAGCAGCUGGCUGAGUCAAACAACAUCCAAACAUCAGCAAACAACAAGAACCAGAGCCAGCACAAAAGCCACGACAGCCCAGCAGAGAGGCUGCUGGGAUUGGAGGCUGCCGAGAAAGAGCAGGAAGGGGAGACAGCUGUUUCCAGGAAGGGCAGGAGUGAGGCGCGCACCAGUAAGCGAGAGAAACUCCAGUCAUGUGGAGACAUAGCCCAGCUCGCUGCACCCCCACCUCAGAGGAGGGCCCGGUCUCUGGACCGCAGGACAUCAGACACCGUUAUGACGCCAGAUUUAUUAAACUUCAAAAAAGGCUGGAUGGUGAAACUGAAUGAAAAUGAACAGUGGAAGAAAUAUUGGUUUGUGCUGUCGACCGACAGUCUGAGGUACUACAAGGACUCGAUAGCUGAGGAGGCUUCAGAUCUCGAAGGAGAAAUCGACCUAACAAAGUGUUAUAAUGUGUCUGAGUACCAGGUGCAGAGGAACUACGGCUUUCAGAUCCACACCCCAAAGGGUGUCUACACGUUGUCGGCCAUGACCUCAGGGAUACGCAAGAACUGGAUCCAGGCUCUGAUGAAGAACGUGCAUCCAGCUAACGCCCCGGACCUGACCAGUUUACCUGGCCACCUCGGUCCCUGUAGCCCACCUGAAGCCCUCCCCAAACCAGAUGUGACGCAGGACUCUCCCUCCGCUGACGUCUCUACAGACAGAGACCCUCACCCCAAACACAGGACUGUGAUGGAGAGACGGCGGGAAGGACGCUACAAAACCUUCGACUGGGCUGAAUUCAGGCCUCAGAGGAACAGACCGGCUCCGGACGCAGACUCUCAGAGGACCGAAGCUCUGUGCUCACUGGAGCUGUGUGACCUGGAGAGGAGGAAGAGGAGGGAGGAGAGGAGGAGGAGGUAUGAGAGCAUGCUGGGCAUCUCCCUGGAAUGGGAGGUGAUGGGAGAUAAAACAGCAGAUGGCAGCAUCAGAGCGCUGAGUCCGAAAUCGCAGGAAAAAGUGGAGGGAGAGAUCGAAGAGUGCUGGAAGCUGGUGGAGAAGACGUUCUUCAGACUUGAGAGAAGCGUCCCGCUGCUGACUGAAGCCGGAGACGCUGUGCAGAUGGAGAAGCUGCUGGACAGCUACAGGAAGGGGCUGGAGGAUCUGAAGGCCCAGCUGGCAGAGUCGGAGCAUCGCAGACUGGAGCUGGAGGCUCAGCUGAGAACAGCAGGAUCUUAUCAGCAGCAGGUGGACCCACCAAGUCCUGAAGCAGAUUCUUGCCUGUCAGACACAAAUGAAAAGCCAUUAAACAGCCACACACAGACCCUGAAAGACACAUACAGAGAAACCAGAGAGCUCUUACAGCAGCAGAACGUUAUCAGACAGAGCAUGCAGGAGCAGCUCAGCUUUGAGCCACUGUCACCAACACAGCAGACACCCAGCAUCUGGCUGCAUGAUACAGAGGGGAAUUUCCAAGAACUGGGGGAGACAGCAGCCACACCUUUAUUAUCACCUGCAUCAGACAGCCAAGAGUUAUUUUCUCAGAGCGAUGGAGAAUCCAGUUCCCAGGAUCAGCCGGGCAGAGAAGAGCGUCAGCAGGUUCCCAGCUCUGAAACACAAAUAAACAACGGUGAAUAUAGUUUGUUAAUUCUGGAGACGCCUGCAGAGGGAGAUGACAACUCGCUGAACUGCUGUGUAGAUCACAUACCACCAGACCAGGCGAUGCUGAGGAGGCUUUCCCAAGAGGUGGUGCUGCUCACCAGCCAGAACGAGGCUCUCAACCAGCGCAACCAGGAGAUGCUGAACCAGCUGACCGAGGCGGACCGCGAGAUAGAGAGACUGAAAGCAGAGCUCGGCAGCAGGUACACCAAACCCCAUCACCUCCCUGAGGUGGAACAGCUGGGACGAACAGGGCUGGAAGACCUGGAGAGAGAGCUGAGCUUGAGAAACCAGGAGAUCGUGGAGGCGCAGACCUUGAUCGCCUCCCUGGAGGAGAAUCUGAGGGAGACAGAGGCACUGCUGCAGCUGAACGUCUCAGCAGAAACAGGACAGGAGAAAAGCAAGCGGGCGGAGAAAACAGAGGCAUACCUGCUUCGAUGUUUGGAGGCUACCGAGGCCAAGCUGACGGAGCUGGAGAGGCAGCUCGACCAAUCAGAACUGACCUGCGGGGAGCUCCAGACGCAGAACGCUGAGCUGAGGGAGGCUGAGAAACAAACAGCUGCAGAGGCGGAGGCUGACAUCAGGAGGCUGAAACAAGAGCUGGAGAAGGAGAGGUUGAAAGACGGAGAUAGCAGCAGGUGUGUUUCUGGCGAAGAAAGGGUCCAGCAAGUGAUAGAGGGGAUGCUCAUGAGGUUGAACGCUUUGGGGAAAUUACUGGAGGUGAUUGACAAGUUGGAUGUUGGUUUGAGGAAGGAGGAAAGUGAAGAGGGUAGGCCUACAGUGGCGAGUCAGUUGAAGUGGGAGGAAGAGUUUUGGAGCUCACUGCUCAACAAACUGAAUCCAUCCCAGCCGAACAAGGAGAAACCCGAAGAAGUGCUUCUCAGUGAGGUGACAGAGCGUAUGAUAGUGGAGAAACAGAUGCUGCUUUUAGGGCAUGGUCUACUUCCUGAGACAGAUGAAGAGAGGCAGGGUUUGAAAGGUCUAGAUAUUAUUUGGAAUAUUGCAAGUGUGACAGAAACCAAGCAGACAGAUGAAAGUAGGAUGUUUGAUUUUAACAGCCGCCUGUGUGAGAUAAAUCAGCUCAGAGUUAUCACACAGAUGAAAAUGGCUUUGCUUAACCAGCUCGCCUCCUCCGUCAGCUCCUCUGCUCAGGAGAAACUCCAGCUGAUGGCCGACAGGCUCUCCAGCUUCCACUUUCUGGAGCAUCCCUGGUCUGGUUUCAUUCACUCUGCGGCGACUGAAGCGUUAUACUGCUGCCACGUAAGCCGGCUUCAGUCAAAAUAUGAGCGGGAGCUUGAAGAAACCAAACAGAAACUGCUCACUUCCUCUGUCGUCUGCAACAACUGUGUCGACUUGAUGGAAGAAAACAGGCAGCUAAGAGCAAGACUGUCAGACCUCGAGGAACAACAGUCGUCGUCAUUGGUCGAUAAGGUGAACAUGUGUUGCCAGACAGAAGAGAUUUACCCACAGGACACAGAUAGUGAGUUACAGGUAGCGGAUGAAGGUCCUGCAGAAGAAAAGACACCUGAAACACCAGAAGAAGUGACGGUUGAGUCUCCGGAGCUCGACCGUAUGGAAAUCCCACCUUCAUGUGUCGAACGUCAGUCGGAAACCCAGGAGGCAGCAGAAGAAAACCAAGAGGAGAGAGACGCGUCCCACAAGGAAACAGAUCGGAGCUUUGAGACGGAGCAAGUUUUAGAGCUGAGAAGACGAGUGGAGGAGCUGGAGGAGCAGCUGUCCGUCAUGGAGGAGGAGAUGAAAGAAGCGUUCGAUGAGAGAACGAGUUCUGUUCAGAGGCAGCAUGAGAAGGAGAUGGAAAGACUGAAGGUCACAUGUGAGCGCGGCUUCACCUCCAUGGAGGAGUCUCACGUGAAGGUCGUGGAGGAGCUGCAGCGUCGACACCAACAGGAAGUGGAGCGCCUCCUGGUGGACAGAGACCGACUGCUGGAGGAGGAGAGCGCUGCCACUGCAGUCGCGAUCGAAGCCAUCAAGAACGCUCACCGGCUGGAGCUGGAGAGGGAGGUGCAGAGGAGGUGUCAGUCAGAGAACAGCACAGGAAACACACACCUGGAGGACGUUUACAGGCAGCACAGUGAGGAGCUGACCUCCUACCAGCGGGAGCUCCAGGUUUUGUCCCAGCAGUUCUCUCUGAAGUGUCUGGAGAACGGACAUCUUGUCCAGGCUCUGGAUGCUGAGAGGAAGGCCUUGUGUCAGUGCCAGCAGGAAAACCAGGACCUGAGGACCAGAAACCAGGAGCUGAGCGGUCACCUGGCAGCAGAGAUCACCAGACUGUGUUCUCUGGCGAAGCAGGACGAGCUGCCGCUCAGUCAGGGAAUGGACGUGUACGAGAUGGAGAUUACUCUGCGAGUGAAGGAGUCUGAGGUGCAGUGUCUGAAGCAGGAGAUCACAUCUCUGAAGGACGAACUGCAGUCAGCACAAAAGGACAAGAGGGCAGCAACAAAGAAGUACAAGGACAUGUACACUGAGCUGAGCAUCACGAGGGCCAAAACAGAGCGAGAGAUGGACGAGCUGAGGGAAAACCUCAGACUGGCUCAUCAGGCUCUGGACCAGACUUCGCCCUGAAUCGUCAGAUUUAACAGCAGCAGCAUUUCAUCUGUUUCCACUGUAACAGACAAGUUUUCUCCUUUUAGUUUUACCCACAAGAACUGUAUUUAACACAAAAUAUGUUUUCCGUCCAUAACCGCUUUAUGUCUUAUUUAAUAAAUCCACAAACUCUAAGCCACAAUCUCACUCUUUUUUAAAUUUUGGUUUUCAUUUCUUAAUUUUUAAAGAAAAUAGAGAUGCUUAUUUUGUCUGUUGAGAGUAAUGUCUGUAAUCCUUUUUCACAUUGACUUUGUGAUAUUGAUUUCUCCUGAAAUGCUCCUGUGAAUCUGCAACUUUUUUCAUUUUUAAUAUUUGUAUUUACAAAAUAUAAAAAAAACAAGUGGAUACUUUUUGUGUUUUAUAUUUUAUCUGUACAGCCAUUUUGUUUUUGUUGUACAUUUAUCACAGAUGUAUGUUGUUUUUUUCCUCUCAUCACUGCUGUAUGUGUCGUUAAACUGGUCUUUUUGUUUUAUCAGCUAAAUCUUUUAAGUUAAACUAAUGUUUUAAAACAUUUCUGGCAAGUAACUUUACUGACAAAUUACUCUGUCGUACACAGACUGUAAUUUAUAUUUGCACAGUGCAGUUUUGAUAAUAUGAAUGUUUUUUUACUAUUAUUAUUCAAUCAAAUUGGCAGAUUAAACUUCUACUGACUGUUAUUUUGUGCCGUCUCAUUGCAGUUGCCAGGUUCAAAUUAAGGGCCUCAGUUUGUCUGUCACGUUCAGCAUUAAUAAAUAAAUAAAAUGUAAAAAAUAAUAAUAAUAAAUCAGUCACAGUUUGAACAAUAAAGCCAAAAACUCACAACGACUGCAGACAUGUUGGGAGCAGACAU